AUCCACAGAUUUGACCGAAGAAGAAGAGAGAAACGUUUGGCCCUCGAAUAGGAGUUUUGCUUUUUCAUUUUCUAUAUUCUUAUUCAUAUCGACAGUAUUUUUGCUCAUAGUUGCAUAUUUCGGAAAACAUGAAUGAGGAUAUUUUGACCACUCUGAAAAUACUGAUCAUCGGAGAAAGUGGAGUGGGCAAAUCCAGUCUUCUUUUGAGAUUUACAGAUGAUACAUUUGAUCCAGAAAUUGGUGCAACAAUUGGUGUAGAUUUCAAGGUGAAAACCCUGGCUGUGGAUGGAAACAAAGCAAAGCUAGCAAUCUGGGACACUGCAGGUCAGGAACGUUUUCGAACUUUAACACCCAGUUACUACAGAGGAGCUCAGGGUGUCAUUCUGGUGUAUGAUGUCACCAGGCGAGAGACGUUUGCUAAGCUGGACAACUGGUUGAGUGAGCUGGAUACAUACUGUACAAGAAAUGAUCUUGUCAAAAUGCUCGUUGCAAAUAAAAUCGAUAAAGACGACCGUGAGCUAGAGCGGGAAGAGGGUCUGAAGUUCGCUAGAAAGCAUUCCAUGCUUUUCAUAGAGGCCAGUGCUAAGACGAGAGAUGGUGUUCAGUGUGCAUUCGAGGAGCUGGUGGAGAAAAUCCUGCAGUCUCCAGGCUUGUGGGAGAGCGUGCACAAGACAAGAGGAGUUGCCCUGUCUGAACUCUCUGAAACCGGUCAAGGAGGCUGUGGAGCAUACUGCUCACUUCUCUAACACACAAACUGCUGUUUAACCAGUGCAGGUUAGAUAAGUUAACGCAUACGUAUGCAGGAUGCAUAAACCUUUUUUGGCAUGUGUAUCUGCACAAGAAACACUCGUAUCACAUGGUUAAAGCAUUAUCAUUUAACAGGUCCAGCGGUAUAAGGACAAAAUUUUUUUAGUGAUGAAAUUAAUUUAAAGAACUCUAUUAAAGGCACACUCAUCAUUUUUAUUCAGGAGGGGGAUAAAAAAAAACUUGAUUACUCUCUAUUAUCUCAGAUCAGUAUGCUUCUCAGUUUGUAUAUUUCUCAUAGUGUUUUACUUUGUUUUGUCUCGGUGCCUGUGUUUCUUAUUUAGGGAGAGGUAAACACUCAUCAGUUUAACUCGACCUUUCAAACUGCUGGAACGAGACCUCAGUAGAACACAGAUUCCCAUCGACAUGCCCUCGCUUGAUGUCUACAACGUGCGGAACUCCGUUUUUUCUUUAUCUGUCCAUCUUUAGAUCCCACUUUUCCCUACUGUCAAUCACUCUCUUUCCUCUCUCUCGCUACAUGUAUCUGUCUUCAAUCUGUCUCUGAUUCUACACGUCCCUCUCUACGGAAUUAUAUAGAGUUACCAAGGAUUUUGGAUUUGUGUUUUAAUACUUUUAUUGACUUGGAACACCUACAUAAAAAUACGUUUUUGAAAAGUUUAUAAGUCAGGCAGAUUGGCACAACAAGUCUCUGCUGUGCAUAUAAAUAAACGAGGGUAAAAAAAAAUUACUUAAAUAGAAUAGAAUAGAUCAAUGAGAAAAGGUUAAUUUCUUUCUUUUGAAUAUAGGAACUUUUUUGCCUGGAGAUUCAUAGACACUUAAUGUCUUGACAUGUCUGUCCAUCUCAUUGAAAGGAAAAAAAUGCUUAAAAAUCCUUCGAGUGAGUCAUUAGGGUGUGACAAUAGAUGGCUGGUUUUCUCACACAGAGAAAUGGAACAAAAGAACAAAUUUAGAAAUAAUAAAUGUUCGCCAAAAAAAAUGCCAAAUGAAUAUUUCCAUUCUCCUGGUUGAAUCUGCACUCUCCGAUCUGGACUAUUUAGUCUGUUAUGUUUGUUUUAGAGAAACAUCCAGGGGGUCCCAGAUGUCUGGUCCUCUGUUCGUAGCUUGAAAACUGGGUGGUAAAGUCCUGCUGGGAGCCAACCUCAGUCACAGCAGUUUCAGAAAGUGUGUGGCACAUGUGGAAGGAAACGCUGGGUUUUGUAUAUACGCCCACAGAGUAUUUUCAUUUUUGCGCAUUUACAGUAAACAUUCCUUUUCACUUGUUUUGAAAUUGCAAAUUAUUAGGCAAUUAUAAAUGUAUUGUAUAUUUUCCAGGUGCAUGCAGUGAUGUCUUCUGUGCUUUUUAUGGCAGUUAUAUGUAAUGGUUUAUGUUCCAAUCAAUGCAUAUCAAAAUCAUCCUAUAUUUCCAUUGAUCUGAGGACUUUGACUAAUGUAGGUUUGGAUUCUUACUAAAUCAAAUUUCUCUGUUUGUUUGCAAGUUAUUGCUAUUCAACACUAAAUCCAAUGAAUACACAAGAACGCAUUUACGUAAUAUUGCAUACUGUUAUUCCAUAUUCAUUGCUGUAUGUAAAUAUUUGCUGAUAAUGGUCAUAAAUACAUUGUAAUGUUGAUGUUUGACACUAUAAUGCUGUACUUGAAAUGACAAGAUUUUGUCUAUGAAUACUUUUUUCUCUCUCUCUCUUUCACUUUCUUUCAUACUUUUUCCAGCAGUGAGUUCUUGUUAAAUAUGACCCACCACAGGAAUGUAUCUCCAGGCCUCUGCGAUUUCACCGUUUCCCGUUACAUUUCUGUGUGAAUUCUGUAGUGACUGAAGUGUUUGCUUAUUCAUGUGUUCAGAUGGCAUCUUCAUAUGGUUUCCGCACCCGUCCGAUGUGGAUGAAUCCAAAUGAUUGGAUUUGCACAGUGGGCAGGUCCAGUAACCAUAGGGAUUGCAGGUUUUUGACCGUAGAAAUGUCUUCAGAGCCGUUUGAGAAGGAGGUGCAUAAUUCCAAGUUGACAUGAAGGCCUAGCCGAAAGAUCUUCUUGGAUUAAGUACAAAAUGAUUUGAAGAAAGUAUGUGUCGAUCAUACAUCAACGAUGCUUUGCGGUGCCUGUACUGUAUUGUUCUUAUAUGACUGGCUGUCCAUACUAUUCCUGUAAUUUAGUAUGCUAUAUUUCCCCUGAAGAUUUCUCUAAAUGCUCCCACCUGCCAGUUUCACCUUUCUCUUGGAUGAGGAAGGGAUAUUCCAGGCACAAUAUUAUAAUUGCACAAUAUAAUACUGAGGCCUAAUUAUUUUGCUGGUUAGGGAAGCUGAAAGCCUGGUUUGGACCAGUAUGCUGAGGAUCAGUGUCCAGAAUACAACACGUGCAGGUGACCAGCCAUUCUGGUCUUUUCAGAGUAAGGAGGAUAUGAGUCAACUUUAGGCCCCUUUGUUGAGUUUUUAAUGCUGUAUUCAUUUUUGUAUAUUUUAGGUCAUUCAAUUUGAGUAAAUUAUUGUUUUUUUGCAUUAUUUUAGGCAGAAAUCUGUGGAAUUUAAAGAAAAUGGUUUCUAAAUAUCCAGAGCUGGAAAUACUGCAAAUAUUUUGAUCUCAAUGCAUAAUACAAAAAUAACUUAGCAAGUUGCUGAGGUCUGAGGCAGUUAAAUUUGCCUUGUUUUUUGACAAAAAUAUCCUGUAAAUAUCAACAUUUUGUCAUCUAUUAAUUUUAGUCAGAUUUAGACCAACUUAAAUGUCAUCAAAUUAGUUUGUGAACAAACAAAAAAAAAACAGGAAACGGGAAGCAACAUACACAUCAGUCAAUUUACAAUCAGAAAUAGAGAGAGAGAAAUCAUUUAUAUAAUCAAAAAUGUUUGCAGACAAACAUUGCCAAGCAUCUAUGGUACAAGGUUUAAAUGGCAUCUAAUUUAAAUGGUGAAAAUACGUUUUAUUUUGCUUUUAUUAUGGCAGGAUAAUGGAGAGCAGACAGGAAAGGAUGCAGGAAAGAGAGGGGUAGGAAUCAGGAAAGGUCCUUGAGUCAGGAUUCGAAUUGGGAACGCCUGUAGCGCAACAGGUUUGGCACACUUGCCCACGAGGCUACGAGCACCGACAUUCACAUCAUUUUUGUGCAGAAUGUUUGUUAUUAUGUUUAUGUGUAAAAAUGUGAUGCAUCUCAUACAUACAGAAUGUGUUUGGGUUAAUAAAUCGCUAACAAAGUU